AUGACUUCAACAGCAGAUCAGCGUGCCCUGAUAAUGGGCUUGGUGACAGGCUCAGCAUUGACAUUGUUAGCUACUGGAUGUUUUUACUAUCUUUCACCUAAAGACGCCCCUGCCGCUGUAGAGGAACCUGAAUAUGUAGAAGGUGUCGAUGGUCUCAUUGGUAAUACUCCAUUGAUGAAGAUCCGGAGUCUUUCAGAAGCCACGGGAUGCACUAUUCUCGGCAAAGCAGAGUUUAUGAACCCUGGUGGCAGUUCUAAAGACAGAGUGGCAUUAAACAUCAUUCGAUCUGCGGAGGAGGCAGGCAUAUUAAAGCCACACAAGGGAAGUACUGUAUUUGAGGGUACAGUAGGAUCCACGGGUAUUUCAAUUGCAAUGAUUGCUCGUGCUAAAGGGUAUAAGGCAUGGAUUGUUAUGCCUGAUGACCAAGCUAAGGAGAAGUACCAGCUUUUGGAAAAGCUGGGUGCAACUGUUGAGAAAGUCCGCCCUGUGAGCAUCAUUGACAAGAACCAGUUUGUGAACAGAGCAAGGGAACGAGCAGGAGCAUUUGGGGAAGGCGAGAGUGUUGGAUAUUUUGCCGAUCAAUUUGAGAACAGUGCAAACUUUGAUGCUCACUACAAAACCACUGGACCUGAAAUCUUCUCCCAGACAAAGGGCAAAAUUGAUGCGCUUGUCUUGGGUGCAGGUACAGGUGGUACCCUUUCUGGAAUUACAUGUUAUCUUAAGCCUCUGGUGAAGAAUCUCAAGGUAUUCUUGGCUGACCCUCUUGGGUCAGGUCUGUACAACAAGGUCAAGUACAACACCAUGUACGCUCCUCAAGAGAAGGAAGGGACUCGUAGACGCCACCAGGUUGAUACCGUGGUUGAAGGCAUUGGAAUCAAUCGUCUUACUCGUAACUUUGAUGCUGGCCGCCAAUUUGUUGACGAUGCUUUCAGAGUGACAGACGAGGAAGCUAUUAAGAUGUCCCGUUUCUUGGUCAGAGAAGACGGAUUGUUCCUUGGCAGUAGCUCUGCUGUCAACUGUGUUGCUGCUGUUCGAGCUGCACGUCAAUUGGGACCUGGCCAUGUUGUUGUCACCCUUCUUAACGACUCUGGUCAGAGACAUUUGACCAAGUUCUGGAGUGAUGAAUAUCUAGCUGCUAAUAAGCUGGACUUUCCCUUGGGUGCAAAAGAAUCUGUUAAUGACUUUGUAGAAUAGUUUUUUUUUCAUUAUAAUAUUGUAUACUUUAAAGACAUUCAUUUCUAUAUUUCUUUGAAAGAAAGCGUCGUGACUGUCGCCAGUAUCAAUUGACAAGUAUCUUAGAACC